GUCACUUUCUUAUAACCGGCUCAUUGGCACAAUUCCUGCUGCAAUCGGCAACCUUGCAAAACUGACUCAUCUUGAUCUCCACCGCAACUACCUCACAGGCCCCCUGGUGAAUCUCCCAUUCUCCGAAGUGGACUUGACCGAUAACUACCUGUCGGGUGUUGUGUCUGCACAAGGCUGCCGUCGACUCAACAUCGCCGCCAACUGCUUCUCACCAAGCAAAGCCUGCCGCCCUGCCAUGCAGCGGCCUGCAGCACAGUGCAUGGCAUUCUGUGGCAUCUCUCCAACCGCUUCUGCCUGUGGUGGUCGGGGCGUGUGCUACCCGGAUGGGCCUAGUUUGGUGCCAACGUGCCUGUGUGAUGCGGGAUCCGUGCAGCUUGGAGGAAUCACCUGUAUUUCAGGAGGCUUCCAAGGAAAUAUUUUCCCGCCAUUUACAGUGCUCACCAAGGGCACACAGCAGGAGACGGUGGGAAUGUUCAUGGCGAAGCCAGUGACUCUGUUUUUGUACCCACCUGGUGUAUCCACCUUUGGAUGUGGCUUGGAGUUGGCCUUCAGAGUCAACUUCACCUUUGCUUUCAUGCCCCAGUAUGGUACGGCUUGGUCCAGCGGCUUUGCAUUCGUCAUUGCAGCAAAGCCCAAGGCGGGAAACCCUGGUGGUGUGGGCUUAAAGGGAGUGGGGCCCAGGAGCAUGGCCGUGAUAUUUGACACGCUUCAGGAUGAUGCAGGCGAGCAGCACAUAGGGCUGAGCAUCAACGGCACAGAGGAACCCUUGGUCAAGGAGGUGUCGCCAUUCGCUUUCACCGAUGGCAAUGCUUACACGGUGUGGGUGAACUACGAGCCUGGGGAUCCUGGCACCAUUCAAGUGUUCCUGGCAAACUCAAACGUGAAGCCAGAGGAGCCGCUGUUGCAGCGGAAGGUGUCGCUGUGUUCGGUGUUACAACCUGGAGUGAAGCAACCGGCGUUUUCAUUUGGCUUUGUGGCGUCCACCACUGUGAAGCCCUUCCAGCUGCAAGGCAUACUCUUCUCCUCUUUGCAAACAGUUGCUCCUUCACCCAAGAAAGUCCAGGUCAAUGAGAAAGCCCUCGGCCUCUCACUGUCAGAGGCCACAUUUGCACCAUCUCGAGCCAGUCCCUUUUUGCGCUAUGUGAGUGCGGACUUCAAGCUGUCGGCCACCAAAGCGGACUCGUGGAGCAUUCGUGACUUCCACACGUGGGACUCUGUGCCCUUCCUCGACUGGCCUGUCAAGAACCAAAACGACUGCAAUGCGUGCUGGGCGUAUGCGGUGGUGGCGAGUGUGGAGGCGGCAUACGGCAUUGCAAAGCAGCAGAGCGCUCCCCGGCUGGCAGUGGAGGCGCUCUUUGCGCUCAUGGGGCUCUCCGACUCCGACAAGUGCUCCGCUGGCGGCUCCCCCACCCACGCCUUUGAGACGCUCACAGCUCUAGAUGCCUCCAGCGGGCUCACGGGUGCCAGCGACCCUGUAGGUAGAAGAACAGCAUGA